UGUAAAAUGUUCUGAUGUUAUGCUUGUAUAGUUCGGUGUCUUGACUUCACUAACUUGUUAUGGCUUUGAGCAGGGGGUUUCGUGUGCACCUGAAGCAGGAGCCUGGCUGUUUCUACAGUACUUUACUGGAGUCCAGGAACAGGGAGGAGUACUUGCUCUUUCAGGCGGGAGCUGCAGUCUUGUUAACCCCUGACAAAAAAGAUGUAAUCAAAGGACAAUAUGUGAAGGUACACGAUGCGUAUGGCUGCCUUGGAAUACUACAACUGAAAAGCAGUGAUGCCAGGUUAUGCUUCUUGGUUAUAGUGACAGGUUGUACCUCUAUGGGAAAGAUACUGGAUACAGAAAUCUAUAAAAUUACUACUACAGAAUUUUUCCCUCUUCAAGAAGAUGUUAAGGAAGAAGAACGAGUUACAGCACUGAGAAAACUUCUGAAUUCUGGAAUGUUUUAUUUCUCCUGGCCUAACACUGGAUCAGACUUCGACCUCAGUCUUCGUGCCCAGAAGCAACACGAUAAGGACUGUGAAUCGGGAAACUGGUUUUUCUGGAACAGAGCAUUACAUGUACCUUUGAAGCAUUUCCAAGUAAACUGUUCUGACUGGCUGCUGAAGGUGAUUUGUGGAGUAGUUGAGAUCCGAACUGCAUAUGCGACACACCAGAAAGCAAAAGUCUGUCUCAUUUCUCGAAUUAGUUGUGAGCGAGCUGGGGCUAGGUUUCACAUUCGAGGUAUUGAUGACGAUGGGCAUGUGUCCAAUUUUGUUGAAACUGAACAGGUUAUUUAUUUGGAAGAUGCAGUGUCUUCUUUUGUCCAAAUCAGGGGUUCUGUGCCUCUCUUCUGGGAACAACCAGGACUUCAGGUUGGCUCUCAUCACUUGAAGCUUAGCAGAGGCCUAGAAGCUAAUGCCCCUGCCUUUGAUAGGCACAUGUCUUUGCUGAAGGAACACUAUGGAAAACAAGUCAUAGUCAAUCUUUUGGGCAGUAAAGGAGGAGAGGAAGUCCUGAGUAGAGCUUUUGAGAAAUUACUUUGGGCCUCCACACAUGCUGCUGAUUCACCAAUGAUUAACUUUGACUACCAUCAAUUUUUGAAGGGAGGUAAAGUCGAGAAGAUGGAAAAUCUAUUACUUCCGCAACUGAAAAACCACCUGCAUGAUUUUGGUGUCUUUACAAGUGGUGUUAAUGUAAGCCAAAGUUUUCAGAGAGGCACACUUAGAAUUAAUUGCCUUGACUGUCUUAGCCGAACACAGAAUGUGCAGUCGUUCAUUGCACUUGUGGUUCUUCAAAUGCAGCUAGAAAGUCUAGGGUUACUUGAGAAGAAGUCUGCCAUAGAUCGUUUUGUUGAACUGUACAAAACAAUGUGGUCUUCAACUGGGCAUAGUCUGAGUAAAGUUUUUACUGGAAGCCGAGCCUUGGAAGGAAAAGCAAAGGUGGGAAAGCUUAAAGAUGGUGCACGCUCUGUCUCUAGAACCAUCCAGACAAAUUUUUUUGAUGGUGUGAAACAAGAAGCCAUUCAACUGCUGCUCAUUGGUGACUUCUAUAAUGAGCUAUAUGCAGACAAAGCAAAGAUGCUUAUGGAGGGAAGUUCCCUUUUGGCGACUCCAAAUAUUUUGCAGGCUGUAUGUGAACGUCAACAUGCUUAUACAAACAACAAACGAGUUCGAAUUGCUGUUGGAACUUGGAAUGUCAAUGGAGGAAAACAGUUCAGAAGCAAUGCACUCAAUGCCAAUCAGUUAACAUGUUGGUUACUUGAUUCACCUAAACUGGCUUGUCAGCAUGAAUUUGCAGAAGAUGGCAACUGUCCAAUAGAUUUGUUUGCUGUUGGUUUCCAGGAGAUGGUGGAGCUUAAUGCUGGCAAUAUUGUCAAUGCUAGUACCACCAAUAAGAAGAUUUGGGCCGAACAACUUCAAAAAGCUCUCUCCAGGACUUGUAAAUACAUCCUUUUGACAUCAACCCAGCUUGUGGGCGUCUGUCUGUUUGUGUUUAUACGACCUUAUCAUGCACCUUUUAUCAGAGAUGUGGCAGUGGAUACAGUAAAAACCGGAAUGGGUGGCAAAGCAGGAAAUAAGGGGGCUGUUGCAAUUCGCUUCCAGUUCUACAGCAGUAGCGUUUGUUUUGUCUGCAGUCACCUUACAGCUGGUCAUUCCCAAAUCAAAGAAAGAAAUGAAGAUUACAGAGAGAUCAUCCAGAAGCUAAGCUUCCCAAUGGAAAGGAAUAUCUUUUCCCAUGACUAUGUCUUCUGGUGUGGUGACUUUAAUUAUCGUAUAGAUCUUUCCUAUGAGGAGGUCUUUCACUUCCUUAAGAGGCAAGAUUGGAAAUCUUUACUAGUGCAUGACCAGUUACAGCAACAGAAAAGCUGUGGAAAGAUUUUUAAAGACUUUUGCGAGGGCACCAUCAAUUUUAGUCCCACAUACAAAUAUGACAUUGGCUCAGAUGCUUAUGACACAAGUGAGAAAUGCCGAACACCUGCUUGGACGGACAGAGUGCUGUGGUGGAGACGCAAGUGGCCAUUUGAAACAACAGAACCUCGAGGAAAACGUAUCUGGAGUCCGGGUGCUGUGUCACACUAUGGGAGAGCAGAGCUUCAGGUAUCCGAUCACAGGCCUGUGCUGGCUAUCAUAGCGGUGGAGUUGCAGGAGGUGGAUGUUAUGGCACGAGAAGCAAUGUUCCAAGAAAUCUCAUUCUCUCAGGGACCUCUAGAUGCUACAGUAGCGGUUUCUCUUAUUCUGCCAGCUGAUGAAGAAAGGGACAUUUUCCCAAAGGACCUCGCUGCAGAGAUUCUGCAGUGUUUUCAGCAAUGUGGCACUGUUAUAUUUAUAAGAUCCUGCCAAGAAAAGAUGCAGGUGACAUUUCAGGACAGUAAGAUGGCACUUAGUGUCUUAGCUCUAGAUGGAAUGAAGGUUAAAGGAAGAGGAGUAAAAAUAAGGCCAAAGAGCGGUGACUGGUUACGUGGGCUACAGGCAGAAGUAAACAGGAAUCGAGAGAGUUUUCUACUAAUGUCUCCAACUGCAAAUUCUUGUCUCCUGGAGGAAAACUUUGACUGCUCAAGUUUAGAUUAUGAAUCAGAAGGUGACAUCUUGGAUGAUGAUUCUGAAGAAAAUAUCUCGCAUCAUUUUUUAGAGAAAGUCUCAAGUCCUGCAGAUUACCCUGAAUUUUCCGAGCCUUCAUCUGAAACAUAUACCAGAAGGCCACCACAGCCCAUGUUUCACAGUUCCAAUGAUAACGGUUAUGUUAAAGAUAAUUUUGAUGUGAGUUCCUUGAAGCAGGAGAUGACUGCUGUUAAAGAAAUCUGUCCCCAUUCUCCCAACAGAUCACUGUCACUUCCAAACAGGCCAAAGCCGCCUCAAAGACCUCCUCCUCCAACUGCAAGAAACAUGAACAAGUCUGGAUCAGAUACAUCAAUCUUUUCAACUGAUCAUACCUGCCAGCGAGUAGAGACAGUCGUUAAAACUGGAACAGGCCUAUCACAUAAUGGCAAGCAGACUAAUGUUUCCUCACUUGCUAGACUGCCACAAGCAGCGCACACGGAAGAGAAGACAGAAAAUUUAAAAGAAGUCUCAAAGCUUGUUGUAUCACCCGCCAAACCAGUAGUCCCACCUCUACCUAGAAGAGCUGCUUCCCUCACUCGACUCCAGCGUGAUCCCCUGCUGCUGCCCCCACACAUUCGAUCCAGAACUCCUUCUCCUUGCAGAUCGUUGUUACAAUCAAAACGUGGAGCCAAGGUGGAAAAUAUCUCCCUUUAUGAGGAAAGAUAUAGCAAGGAACCUGUGAAGUUUACAAUUGGAGUACCUAGUUCUAAUGAAGAAGAUAGUACUUCAAUAAGUCAUAUGAAAAUGAGCAAAGAUAUUCCCAUUCCCAAGCCAAGAAUAUUACUACCACAAAAUGGGCAGCAGCCAGCAAAAAAUUUGCAGAGCAGCAGAAACCAAACCUUCAAUGUGGAAAAGAUAGAAUGCGGUCCAAAGGCAGUAAACAUACUUGAAGCUCCUGUGGCCCCACCAAGGACGAGAAAAACUCUGCCAAAUUUAGCUCCUAAGCAAGAUCUUCAACAAAGCAACAUCCAAUCCCUAAAUACACUACAGAACAGUUCAGGAGUUGCUACUACUACUGUUACCACCACCAAUGUUACCAGAUGUAGUACUUUUCAUGGUUCAGCUGCGAUACAGAGUUCAAACCCCUUUAAGGUGGAUAAUGCCUCCACAAUCUCUAAUGACUCUAAUAAUCCUUUCAUAGUCACGCAGAGCAAUUCACAGAUCACUAGUGAAUGGACAGCUGAUAUCAUAGCUGGAUCGUUUAGCUCUUCAAAUGGACCAGCUUCCUGUGGUGCCAAGUCUUUUAGCAACUGGGUUACAUUUGAUAGUGACGAUGAAAGCACAAGAACAUCCAAUGCCUACAAUAAGCAAUGUGGACUUGGACAGGAAAGAAACACAUUGUAGGAUCCUAAUUUUCACUGAACAUUUCGCAUGCCAGCAUUGCUAAACAAACAAACCAAAAAAAAAACACUGUUAGGGAAUGUUUUUAUGUUUAGAAUGUUUUAAAAUACCCCCACAAUGUGAUUCUUUUAUUACUUAAGUGUUUUUCAUUUAGUUUUAGAGGAUAGUGUAUGAUUUGCCAGUUUGAAUUUGGAGAAAAAAAGCUGGUGACAUUUUUUUUUUUGUCAGAGGCAUUUAUUUGGCUAAUGAUGUAAGUGUCAGAUGGUGGGGGUGAGGAUUAGAUUGCCAAGAGCCAGUUGUUCUUUCUCCAGGAGGGCAUUUUGGGAUUACACACAGCAAUUCUUGCAUCCCAGUGGAAGCUAAGUAGAAUCACUUCUUUGUCCAGUACAUGUUAUGAAAUGUGCAAAUGCUCAGUGUUGCACAUUCAGUGCCAUAUAUUAUUCGAGGCUCUUGCACUCAGAGUUAAGGAAUGCUGAAAGAACUCCAGCCACAUUACGGUGGACCUGUGUGCCCAAACUCUUACCCCAUGUGCCACAAGUCAGUCUUGGUACAACCACAAGGAUUUCUACCUUAAAGUGGUUUUAUAAGGGGACAAAGUGGGACAACAGGGAACUGGUGGAACUGCUGCUCAGUAAUGGACUAUGAAGAGAGACAGUAACAGUGUAUAAUUUGAGGUCCAGCUGCUUGCCUGAAGUCUGAGAUGUGUAAUGUUUUUAUAACUUACCAGCUUCAGGACCUUACUCUGUAUAAUCUUUCAUUUAGAACAAGACACAUUAAAUUCUCCCUGAUCAGUUACAGCAUUAUUUACUGAUGACAUACGUAGGCAGCAAGGUGAUGGGAUAAAGUGUAUGGAUAAGCAGAACUACAUUUUGACAUUUCACAUACAGCAGUGCUACAGGCAUCUCACAAAGUAAGAUAUGAAGUUUGUAGUAAAAGUAAAGAUUAAAUAAGUCAUUCUCAGUAUAAACAUAUACAUUUUAUCUGUUAAUGUCACUAGGAGGCAGUAGAUAGACACCAUUUGAAUCCUGUAUUGCUAUUAAGCAAAUGAACUGUUCAUCCGUGCACACAGUCCUGGCAUGUCUUUUACAUAUUAUUUACAAAUGGGUAUAUAGAUGUGACAGCUGUUUAGCAUAAGAUAUCACCCCCUUUUGUUUCAGUAGGAAAUAUGAAAAGUGUAUAAAUUCACCAAAAAAAUAAUAGUCUAGUGAAAUAUAUAAAAUCUAUUACUGUAUACCAGAUUUGUACAAAAAAAUGUGUACUUGCACUAUGUUUUUGGUUUAUUGUUUUAAGAUGAAAAGUACUAGACUUAUGGACAUGGAUGAUCAAUACGUAAUAGUAUUAGCCUUUCAGAAAGCUAAGGACCACGUUUCCAUUUGUUCAGAUUGCUCAUUUCCUCUAAAAGAUAUGGUGAUCUGGCUGUUUCUGAAUGAGUACCUCCACUUGCAUGCUUAAUGGGGGCUUAAGCUUAAGUAAAAAAUAUCAAUAGUGUAUUUUUCAAGAGUCUAUAGCAAGUGUAUAGUUUUGCAGAGUUGCAUAUACUUGCUGUACCCUGACAGAGUGGAAGGCAGUAAAGAAAGAUUGAUGUAAAAUAGCUUGUUGACAUUAUGAGAUCACCAUUUCACAGGCCCUUCGGCAGUAAGUGGGCACAACUGAGGUAGAUGGUAGAGGUAAGGCUUACAGGAACCAUGUGUUGAUAACUGGAGUGCAGUUAAGGAAGAGGCUGUUAGGAAUAAUACAAUGAAAAACUACAAAUAAUUAUAAUGGUAGGUGUAGCAGAUUUUGCUGGAUAACACUGCUUUCUUGUAUCUACCCAACACAGAGUCAAACAAAAAUACUGAUGUCAUUGAAAGGAUAAUUUUACUAGCCUGCUGGUGCGGACACCAGAAUACCUAAGGGUUGAAUAUAUAACACAGGUAACUACUUAGGAGCAUACAGAUGAUCACCUGAGGGCUGAAUAUAUAACACAGGUAGUGGUCUCAGGAGCAUGCAGAAGAUUACCUGAGGGCUGAAUAUAUAGCACAGGUAACAGUUUCAGGAGCAUGCAAAGGAGUGCCUGAGGGACAGGUGGUGAUGAGGUUUGCAGUGCAUGUUUGACUGGUGGUCAAGAUUGGAGCAAUAAAUUGCACAUAGGGAAAUAUGACAAGCAACAUGAACAUGCAGGAACAGUUGGCUAGGUUACUGCAUGUUACUUGGAUGAUACUCCGACAAAGAAUGCAGAAGAGUUGGCUGAGUCAAAAUAUUUUUUUGGUUAGUAUUUUGAUGUAUUGAAUCCCUGUGGGUAAUAUAGAUAAUAAGGUACAGGCAACAGAGUACAGCUUAAAAGGAAACAAAACAGAUCUAGCUGUAACUAAAGAAUGAAGCCUAUGUUGAGCAUUUCAGUGGUUGGUUCAUGCGGUGUGCAAUAUUGAUUCAAGUGAUGGUAUUGAGAUCUGUUUGGGAAGUAGUGCUGUGGGACUGACUUUUAAAAUUAGCAUAAUGAAAUUAAUUCAUAAAGAUGCCACUUCUGUUAUAAAGUAUAUUUCUGAUCACUGCACUGAAUAACUCAGUUAUGUUUGUUUCAUUUUGUUGUUUAUGGAUUGUUAUUAACAGAACCAUGCUGCUGUGAAUUUUCUUUAUAUAUUUUUUUUUUUUAAUUUUCUGGCCUCUGUGGAGCAGAGCAUCAGUUGCUUUUGUUGCCUCUCUUCAAUCUCAGAUGCAAGGAGUUGCUCUUGACUCUGCCAGGAUCUAUCCCAAAAUCCUCUCACUACCUGAAGAGAGCAUGAGGUGUCCUAGUGCAGCAACAUGCUCAUGGCUAUAGGGUUUUUUUAUUUAUAUGUCCUACCAUUUACCAACUCCAGUACCUAAUGUGUAGUGAAGUAAGGCUUUUAUGGCCAAGAACAUUAGUCAGUGCAUACACCUGGUAUUUGUAAGCAUGGGAUACAUACCCCCUGUAUCACUAGCAGGGCUUCUAUACUUGCUUAUGGCCCCUCCCUUCCCUUGUAUGAUAGGCAAGCUUGUAAAACACUGCUGCCUUUUCUGUCAUCUCUUACAUUGCAUUAUUUUCCUUUGGUCAGUAUAUUUCAUCAGAGGAGAGGUAAAGAUCAUUGUAUAUCCACAUGCAAUGUACUAAAUAUUGAAAAAAUGACUAUGCAGUGUUGACUAGGCAUUUAUUUUGUCUCUGUCUUUGGGGUACACAGGCAUAAUAUAAACAUCUGCCUUCUGCCAUUGUAGUGACAUUUUUUUUCAAGGUUGCUGAUAUAAAGAUGCCAUAGGGAAAGUAAGCUUGGAUAGGUAGAUGGAGUAAUGAUGCUCUUAGGUAAUUGUUGGUGGUCUACAUUCUUUCAUGAGCUUUGUGAGCCUUAACUUUAGGUUUGCGUUUUCUCAGAAAAUUAGUUUCACUAGUGAACUACUGAUAAAAUAAAAAAUACAGAUUUAUUUAUACAGCUUAUUAACUCCAAUAAACGUUGGAUUUUUGAAGUUUUAGAAAUUUGUUUUUCUAAUUUAGUUUGGGGCUGUAGCACUUUAAGUACUGUAUGAGAAACUGAAAUGUAUGUUUUUCUAGAUGUCUACUGUGAUUAUUUUACAAUAAAAGUCACUGUGAACUGAGGAUCACAGAGAAGGCUGAAAUAAA